AGCUGUUUGAACAGUAGCAGGCGGUUUAUCGUCCCCAUGAACAAAUUCUCUCCUCUGAGGACAUGUGGCAUAUAAAAGAAGAAGGGGGAAAACACCCAAAUCCAUCAUGGCGCAACAACACCUUGGCCUUUCUAGUGUAGGCCAAAUUGACUUUUCCAUCUUGCUUGACAGCGACGACGUGUCCCCUGAACCACCUUGCAACUUUGUACAACCUGAAUUUAUUGACUGGUAACCUGGAUGGACAAUAUGUGGACUCCAAAUCCCCAUCAGCAUUUUCCCCACAAAUAAUGGUUGAGUCAUGCGCAGGAAUCCUUUUGUGGCGGAAGGCUGCUGCGGGAAAGGCUCCCGCAACGCCCUUCAGGAGCUCUACAACCCCUCCCAGCCCGAGCUGUCGGGGGCGGCCAUCCUCCACCAGACCCGACGGGACCAGGUGGCGGACGCGUGUCGGGUCUACAGCGCGUCCAGCCGCAAGCGACGGGUCCUCACGCCCGGAGACCUCAAGCACCUGGUGGUGGACGAGGACCACGAGCUCAUCUACUGCUACGUCCCCAAGGUGGCCUGCACCAACUGGAAACGCGUCAUGAUGGUGCUGACGGGCCGGGGCAAAUACAGCGACCCGAUGGAAAUCCCGUCCAAUGAGGCCCACAUCCCGUCCAACCUGAAGACCUUGAACCAGUACAGCAUCGCCGAGAUCAACCACCGGCUGAAGAACUAUCUGAAGUUCCUGUUUGUCCGCGAGCCGUUCGAGAGACUGGUGUCGGCCUACCGCAACAAGUUCACCCUCAAGUACAACUCGUCCUUCCACAAGCGCUUCGGCACGCGCAUCGUGCGGCGCUACCGCAAGAACGCCACGCAGGACGCCCUGGCCAACGGCGCCGACGUCAAGUUCAAGGAGUUCGCCGAGUACCUGGUGGACCCGGCCACCCGACGCGACGGCCCGCUCAACGAGCACUGGCAGACCGUCUCCCAGCUGUGCCACCCGUGUCAUAUCCACUACGACCUGGUGGGCAAGUACGAGACCCUGGAGGAGGACGCCAACUACGUUCUGCGGCUGGCCGGCGUGGCCGACUUCCUGCGCUUCCCCAGCUACGCCAAGUCCACCCGCACCACCGACGCCAUGACGGCCCAGUUCUUCAGCAACAUCAGCACGCCGCAGCAGCUCCAGCUCUAUCAGCUUUACAAGCUGGACUUCCUCAUGUUCAACUACUCCACGCCCACCUACCUCCGGCUGGACUAGGAGGGAGCCCGUCUCGUUGGAGUCGUCUGUGUUUUUGUUUCUGGCGAGCUCCAAUGCUUAUUUGCACGUGAGAAUGUCAAAUCAGCUCAUUGUUUUUGGAUAGAAUGUGCGUGAAGCAGGUCUUCCAGCCGGACGGAACGAGACUUGAAGAGUCUUAGUGAUGCUCCUGGCAGGUUUCAAACAAACCUUCUGCUUGCACCCUGAACCCAUUCGCAUCAAGUGCACGUCACGACUGGCGCCCGCCUCGUUCGACUCCCGACCCUUCGAGGAAAGGACGUCCCGGUCGGCAGUCGGACGCCAAAGUCGACCAAAUAUUUUCAAAAGAUGUUCUAUUAGUGGCCUGCUCGCUCGGCACCUCCGAGAGCGUCGUACCGAGUGGCACCCUUAAGAGCAGGCGGCGCGGCAGACACUGGAGCUCGUAAACCCGCCCGCGGACGCGCAGUAACUUUCCUCGUGCUUAUUUACUAUUUUAUUGUCUUCGGAAGCGUUGCUGCGAGACGGCAAGGAUUAUUUAAACUGCUUUGUCUAUUGACAUCAUAGAGUAUUUAAUUUUUUCUUCAUCUAUUGCGAAGCGUUUAGUUUGUACGAUUUUUGUCGACUUCCACACACAGCUUAAGAAUAGUUCUCUCUGAGAAUCUUCCGCUUGUAAAUGUGAUUAGCGCUGCCGAGCGACGUCAAGGUUGGUAACGACACUCUCCAUCACACUGUAAAGUGCAUUACGUACGCAAUUUUACACACAGAAAGGGAGUCUUUGUAAAUCCCAAACCACUCCAGCUCCCAAGUCAAAAAGAUAUUUUGGGGGAUAGCUCUUGCAGUUUUUUUUUUUUCUCUUUCUUUAGCACUUGACUUUACAGCAGACAUAAUUAUUUUCAACACGCAAUUAUGUCCACAGCGAGCGCUCUUGAAUUUUAAUGAAUGUUAUUCUAAUUGACUUAUCGGACCACCGCAGCAACAGGACAUGCAAAGAAUUUUCAAGUAGGGUUUGGUUUUUUUCUUCCCCCAACAACCACCACCACGUGGCCCUAAAGCAGUACUUAGUUCCUCGUACUCAUCUCUGCAAAAAAGAAAUGCGAUGCCGGAAAAAAGAUAUGCGCAUAAAUAAAGUGCAGGGGAUGCAAAUUGCUUCUUCCACGCAGUAGCUUCAAAAUUGUGUCUUGAAGAAAAUGCUUUUGUGAAUGUUUUGGGUGGGGUCAUGUUAUGAAUGAGUGGAUCUGUGUCUGCACAUGGAUGCUCACAGGAACAUUGGUGAUGAAGCCUUGACUACACACGCACACACACGCACACACACACACACACACACAAAUUGUAAAUAGAACACCCAGUAGCACACAAGUCCAACUGUAUAGAACCCAUUUACAGUAUUAUUUCAGUUCAUAUUUGUUUUGUACAGAUAUGGUCUUCACGCAGGGUAAGUGCGCCCUCUUGUGGUCCUUUAGUCUCGGUGCCCCUGCAACAACAACAGCAGGUUGCUCCCCUCUUCGCCUGUUUUUUUUGUUUUUUUUUACUCCCCGCUGAUGUGCUGAUGCCGACUUACUCAGCACUCGUAAAGCUGAGACGCGACCUCGCCACUUUUAUUUUUGACCUUCCUGACUAUGCCGUUCAUUUGGCCUCCAGAGACGUUCCAGAGCCACAAAGGGCCCUUCUUCGCUCCAUUUUAGGAACCUCCAGUCUGCAUGCUGCCGUCUUCCGCCUUGUGCUGAAAAGGGACAUGCGGUUAGGAAAACAUCCCAAAUCCUCAAGUAGAAAUGAUUGACUUUGUUUUGGCUGCUUUUGUCCCUAUUCUCAACUCUGCUGUCUGCAUCAAAACCCAGCCAACUGCCCCCCCCCCAUCCCCAAACGAUGUCUAUUAUUAGACUGAAUUAUAUACAGACAGCAUUUACUGUUUUGCUGAAAUCUCCAAAACACACGGGAGGAUGUUUUUCUUUUAAGAGAGCAGUUGACGAUGGGGUUUUAUACAGUAUUUAUGCCUUUAUUUUGCUAUUUAUGCACAGAUGAACACAUUUUGUACAGUAGUGAGGAAACGAUUCCCUGAUUCCAACAAAUGUUUGCAGUCACAAAUUAACAACAAUGAAAAUGCUCCAAAGUGGACAGUCAUGGAGUUUAUUGGGAGUCUCUUCUUAGGCGUCAAUUCUGAGAGCCUGCUUGCGCAUAAACAAGAUUGAUCGGAAUCACUGAAAGAGUCAGCAGGGGCGGUGAGGGACAAAAGAUGACCAACAGACGGAUUGUGGUUGGAAUGUUGUGAAACAUAUUGUUUCGAUAUUGUGGUUUGUCAGUGCUGUUUUGAAUAAAAUAAGGACAAUUUGA